CCUGUUGGAGUGUCACAGUUUGCUGGCGCUUAUCUUGGCCAAGCCACCAGAAAAAGUACGAACCACGCGCUGUACGAGAUCUGGGAUUUCUUCAUUUAUACGCGUGGCUGACAUAAUAAUCGAAAGAUGUUUGUAAACUAUGAUGGCUGCCGUUAAAAAACAUUGAGAAUGUUUCUCGAUCGAUAUUAUCGUCGUCGUCGCUGGAUUGUGGGUGGUACUUUGGUGUCUAUUGCUGUCAUAACGAUGAUGCUAGUCCCUCCCCCUAGGGCGAUCCCUCUGUUUUUCACUGAGAAUGUAACCCAGACGAGAAGAGAAACCGAUGAAGUUACAGGGCUCAAGAAAGCAGAAACAGAAUCUAUACAAAACCCAAGCUUCACUCUCAAGGAACCACAGAUGUUAAGCACUCCACCGCCCACACCGAGCAUAUUUACUUACGUAGAAGAACCUCCCGUUGAAAACGAAAUGAAGAGGUUCAUGACGGCGCUUUCAACGCAGGGGGCUGUUUGCUCUGACGUACGUCGAAUAGGAGGCUUACCGCAAGGUCCUCACGGAGCCCCUCGUCCGCUUGGCCCUGAUGGGAUGUGGUAUGUUUGUUUUGACGAGGAGGUUCAUUUAGAGUCCGGGUCUUGUAUCGUUUAUUCCUUUGGAACAGGGGAUGACUUUUCCUUUGAUGAAAAAAUGGUCGAACAUGGCUGCAGGGUGUUUGCUUUUGAUCCCUCCAUGGGAAAAGAAGACCAUAACCAUAGUGCUGGCGUAAUGUUCUAUAACCUAGCCCUGUCAGACGAGAAUCUCGAAGGACAAAAGGAUCCUCCCCCUAUUAAUCCAUUUGACAGGAAUGGAUGGAAGACAAGAACGCUAGACGCCAUUUUACAGGAACUAGGUCAUGAUAAGAGAGAAAUUGACAUUCUAAAGAUGGACAUUGAAUCUGAUGAGUGGAAGUGCUUACGUCAUAUGCUUAGCCAAGGCACUUUGUUGCGUCACGUGAGACAGCUCGACGUAGAAUAUCAUGUGAUCAUGCUAACACCAGAAGCGCUGAGGCAGUACUACAGUAUAGCAAAGUGGCUCGAGAGACAAGGAUUCAGAAUAUUUCAUUCCAGAAGAAAUCCUUACUGCCAGGAGUGCUGGGAAAUGUCAUAUAUUAACUCUAACUUAGUGAAAUUGACACCAAAUUAA